CACGGCUAUUCCGACAAACGGAAGCUUGACCAUUGAGAAGCCCCAGUUUAAUAAGUUUUUCAUGAUUGAAUUGUUCAAAAAUAUAAAAGUCUUCAAAACUGAACUGAACGAUAGAAGCAGUGUCGAGAGUAUUUCAAUUGUUGUUUACUGGAGUUAAAUAAGAUUGUAUUCACAAUCAGUUUGAAAGUGAAGUCGCAAAAAGAUGCGAAACUUACUCAAAUUUGCUCUACUUGGAACACUACUCCUUACAUUCGCGUAUGGGGCCUACAAACCUCCAAACAAGAGCGAUUGCAAGGGAGUCACUGUUGGAAAGGUGUUCACCUGUCUUUACCGAGCCGGAGAUUACAUGGCAAAAACAUUCUUUCUAGACAUAAAGAAGGCAAGCAGUUUGUUGGAAUUCAGCAAAUCAUGCAUAGCCAUGCAAAACUGUCUUGAGGCUCUGAGGUGUGGACAGGGAACUGAACAUCUUGCGAUGUACGAAAGAAUGAGAGGGCAAUGUGUGACCAUGCACUUCUAUUCUACAGACUUUUUCUCUUGUCUGACUAAGUUAGAAAAUUCGAAGCCGAAACCUGAAUGCUAUGAGAAAUGGGACACUAAAUUAGUCAACGAAGAUUUAACAGAGGUGAGCCCGGACAAAUUGUGUAAGAAAAUGUUUGGAACCGACAAUUGUAUGAAGAAAGUAGUCAAGGAAACUUGUGGAGACAAAGAUUGGCAGCUACUUUUGCAACAUUUCAAUGAAGAUACCCCUGGCCUCAAGCAUUGUGACUUUAGCAACGUUUAAAUAUCAGAAGAACACUCCCAACGCUUAAAAUUUUUUUUGUGUAUUUUGUUUUUUGAUACAUAAAUAAACAAUAUAUGUUUGCAA